CUUUAAUCUUCCUUUUCUGUUCCGUUCCCCCACCACGAUUUCUCCUCCCUCCGCCUUUCUCUCUCUUCCUUUCCCACCGUCUUCUCCGCCACCUCACCUUUCUUCCGACAUCUUACUCGAAGCUCGACGGCUUGGAACUCAGUGAUUUCUGGUCAAAUCGGUGCGUGUCUGAUAACAAUCGCUCCGAUAUUCUUUUCUCGGGCGGAGAAACCCGGUGAAUCUCGGAGGUUUUUGAUAUUUGUUGGGUUUGAAGAAUGACGACCUCGACUACAAGCGCUGUUUACAUCCACGUCAUUGAAGAUGUAAUCGAGAAAGUUCGCGAAGAGUUCGUCGCCGAUGGCGGUCCCGGCGAAAAAGUCCUCCAAGAACUUCAAGGACUGUGGGAGUUGAAAAUGAUGCAAGCUGGAGCUGUAUUGCAGCCGAGUGAGAGGCCGUCGGUUCCCAAGCCCGCUCCUGGAGCAGGCAUAACGCCUGUUCAUGAUUUGAAUGUGCCAUAUGAAGGAACUGAAGAGUAUGAAACACCCACUGCUGAGAUGCUUUUCCCCCCGACGCCACUGCAGACUCCAAUUCAGACUCCUUUGCCUGGAACUGCAGAUAGUUCGAUGUAUAACAUCCCUACGGGACCUACAGAUUAUCCUACUCCAACUUCUAAUGAAGGUGUUGGUGCCUCUAAUGACAUAAAGCCCGGAAUUGGAAGGCCUAGUCCAUACAUGCCACCACCUUCACCAUGGAUGAAUCAGAGGACUCCACUUGGUGUGGAUGUUAAUGUGGCUUAUGUUGAAGGCCGAGAAGAGGUAGACAGAGGACCCUUACAAACAGCAACUCAGGACUUCUUUACAGGGCCUACGGGGAAAAGAAAACGCGAUGAUUUUCCACCACAGUACCAGGGAAGUGGAUUUAUACCUCAGCAAGAUGGAGCUGGAGAUGCCAUGGGUGAUGUUUUUGAAUUGGAGAUAAUUCAGAGCAAAACCUCUGGAAGAAGUGGCAUUGUUAGAUUAUGUACUCUUUCCUUCUCUCUCUUGCAUGGGAUAAUUGUUCUUCUGGUCUUGUAUCAGAUAAUUCAGAGCAAAACCUCUGGAAGAAGUGGCAUUGUUAAACAAGAGACGGGAUCUUUUUCUAGGAUUCCCCAACUAGAUGGACCAAUUCCUGAUCCUUAUGAAGACAUGCUUUCCACACCCAAUAUAUACAAUUAUCAAGGGGUUGUCAAUGAAGACUACAAUGUGGUGAACACUCCAGCUCCUGACUUGCAAGCUAGUACCCCUGCUCUCCCUGCUCAGAAUGAUCUUGAUGAAAACGGUGACGAAGAACCUCCUCUGAAUGAGAAUGAUGAUGAUGAUUUGGAUGACAUUGAUCAAGGAGAAGAGCUUAACACUCAACAUUUGGUUCUGGCUCAGUUUGAUAAGGUGACUCGUACUAAGAGCCGGUGGAAGUGCACCCUUAAGGAUGGCAUAAUGCACAUAAACAACAAGGACAUUUUGUUCAACAAGGCUUCAGGAGAAUUCGACUUCUAAUUUUGAGAGGAUGGAGGUUUAUGGGGAAGUUGAGUUGCUCUUAAAAGAAAGUUAUCCGAGUUGCCAUUCAGCAUCUCCUGUCUUGUCCUGGUUUAUCGUUAGCUAGGUCUUUCAAGGGUUAAAAAUGGAAUCAGUAAUAUGUUGUUAGACACUGGAUUAAUGUGGCUGGCCAGUUGUAUAUAAAGCAAGAGCCUUUGGCCUUCAAUGCGAAUGGCUAAGUCAGAUUAUCAUCAUUUCUUAAAUGGAAUAUGUGAUUCCAUUAGUUCUCUGUACACUUCGGACAUUUGGAUCAUUUUGUAGAGAUUGCAUUUUUCCCAGCUCUCUCUCUCUCUAUCUCUUUCUAGCAUCAUGAUUGUGUAGAUUAGGUUAAACAUCAUGUUGUCCAUCUUACUAUGGUGCAAUUAUGAUCUGUGGUUUUAGUAUAUUGGUACUUUCUAAUGGCCUUGACUUGCAUUAAUUGAAGCGCUCUUUCAUUGAGCGUAAAAUUCAGUAUUAUUGAUUAA